AUGCAGAAAGAGCUCGUUUGGCCCGUCAUGAAGGCGUUGUUGCACUCGUCGUUCGUGCUCGCGUUGGUUGUGGCGGCUGCCGUCGUCGGCAGCUGUUCUCGGCCGCAGAACGGAGAAGCUCGAAGAGAUGGAAACGCUAAGGACUUGGCGACGGCUGGAGAAGAAGACUACAGUUACAGCGAACCCGUUCCGGUGAUGUGUCCUGGUGUUCAUGGGGCCCCAAUCCCCCACGCCUGA